AUGAGAGACGCUUCGUUUUCCAGCUUCGGCGCCGUCGUCCUCACGGGUGCAGCCAGGUGGAGCAGCGGUUCUUGUGGCUGCCGGCGGAAGCCGCUUCAAGUUUUCCGGACGCGACAAAGAAGAGUCAGACGAGUAUACGACGAGACCGACGAAAAGUUUGAAGACGAAACGGAAAACCCUUCGUUGGUUGGAUUAGGUUGCAACCGCGAGGACGACGGCGCCGCAGCUGGAGGAAGAAGCGUCUCCGGUCUCGUCGUCUGGCUAUUUUUCGUCACCGUCGGUGUAAUCGUCAUCGCUUGUACCGCUGAUCUGAUAUUGGCCACGUCUGACGCCGAGCAGUGA